AGACAGCUUGGCGCCGCACCCCCAGCGGCCCCCGUGCCGCGCUGAGCGCCGCCGAGGGGCCGCGGGCGCUCGCCAUGAUGUGGGGAGCCGCGGUCGCCACUGUGCGCGCCCCCUCGGCAGCGGCGGCCACGGCCGCGGCUCGCGCCGCCGCUCGCGGCCAGCGGGCGACAGGAGCCGCCGAGCGCGCCCUGCCAGCAGCGGCCGCCGGGGCGGCCGCGCCGCCAGUGCUCCUCGCGGUGCCGGAUGCUGUACGAGCGGAAGACGCCCCCGGGUUCCCAGGACCUCGAGAAGCUCACCGUGGCACAGCUGAAGGAGUUGCUCAGGGAGGCGGGCCUGAAGGUGUCUGGCACCAAGGCCGAGCUGAUGGCACGCCUGGACGCACAGGAGCCGCCGGGGCCCGCGCUGGCGGACCCCGAGGAGGACCACUUGCUCCAGUCUCUGCGGGAGAGCUUCCCGUGCGCGGUGCAGUUCAACCCCGGGCAGCGUACCGUGAUUGAGGCCGUGCUGAGGCGCGAGUCCGCGGCGGCGAUCUUCCCCACGGGCGGCGGGAAGAGCCUCUGCUUCCAGCUCCCGGCGCUCCAGCUCGACGGGCUCACCCUGGUGGUCUCGCCUCUGAUCGCCCUGAUGAAGGACCAGGUGGACCAGCUGCGGGCCCUGGGGGUCGGGGCGCAGAUGGUCGCCUCCUCGCUGGAUUUUCACGAGCGCGCAGCCGCGUGGCAGGAAGUGCAGGAUGGCACCGCUCGCGUGCUCUACUUGGCGCCAGAACAGCUGAUCAACGAAGGGACGCUGGCAAAGCUGAGCCAGUGUAACAUCGCUCUGCUGGCCGUGGACGAGGCUCACUGCAUCAGCGAAUGGGGGCACACGUUCCGCCCGAGCUACCUGCGCCUAUCCGAGUUUGCCGCGGCCUCCAACCUCCAGGUCCUCUGCCUCACGGCAACGGCGACCGAGGAAGUGGCCAAGGACAUCUGCGCCGAGUUCCGCAUACCGGCGGCGAACUGCGUCCGGACCGCCUUCCACCGCGGCAACCUUAGCUUGAAGUGUGCCUUCCCAGAGUCUGAGCAGGACCGCGAUGCACUCCUCGUGGAGCGGCUGCGCACCCAGGACCCAGGGCCGACGAUCGUGUACACGACGCUGCGGCGGACCGCUUCAGAGGUCGCAGGGACUCUCAAGGACAAUGGCCUCGACGCCGAGGCCUACCAUGCUGGGAUGAACACCGAGGAGCGGACGCGGAUCCAGGAUUGGUUCAUGGGGUCCGACUCCAGGAUCGUCGUCGCCACCAUCGCUUUCGGCAUGGGCGUGGACAAGGCGAACAUCCGCUACGUCUACCACUACAACUUCCCGAGCUCUCUCGAGAGCUAUGUGCAGGAGGUGGGCAGGUCCGGGCGGGAUGGCCUGCCGUCGACCUGCGAAGUGCUCUUCCGCGCGGAGGACCGGGAGAAGCUAGAGGAGUUUGCUCGCGGCAGCACCCCAGACAGCCCUGAGCAGGUGCAGAAGCUCUUUCAGGAUUUCUUCGCAGCCGGCCCAGGGAACGACCCGCUCCGCCCUGGGGCGCGCCUCGAGGUCUCUGUUUCCAAGCUUGCGAGCGACCACGGCCUGAAGAGCGACAUUGUCCACAGGCUUCUUGCAUACGUGGAGCACUACCACAAGCACAUCUGCAGAGGCACCCCCCGUUUCGCCGCGUACGACGUGAAGGCGGUCGGCGGCGCCCUUCCGGACACGGUCUCCGGGCUCUUCGACCAGAGCCCUGCUGGGGCAGCCCUCCGCGACCACUGCGUCUCCCGUCGGAUCUGGGCCUGCGUGGACGUGGAGGCCGCUGCGCAGGAGAGCGGGCUGAAGCGCGAUGAGCUCGAGGGAGUGCUCUUCGCCCUGCAGACGCAGGGGCUGGCGGAGGUGAAGAGGACAGGGCUGGUGGAUACCUACAAGGUGCACUCGGUGCCGGCGGACCUGGGGGCCCUGGCGGCGGAGGAGUUUGCGCGGACGAAGGUCAUAGAGGAGCGCGCGCUCGCGCGAAUCCAGGACGUGGUGGCCUUCCUCGAGGCCGGAUGCCCGUCGCAGGUGCUGCUGGAGCGCUUUGGCUCGGCGGACGAGCGCCGAGAGCUACACUUGGGGCUGGAGCUGUAGCGAAGGACAUGCUCCACCCUGCGCAGUUUCGCCGAGGCACUAGGGGGCACUCCCCAAGGAGCCGUAGGCAGAUGUCGGCUGCCUGCGACCAGCAUCCUCAUAUGAUGUAGAGGGCACAGAGGCGGAGGUAGUGGUUGAGGCGCGGAAAUCCCACAAUAAUCGUGCAGAAUGCGCGCCAGGCUGCGCAAAGCGGGGAGCAGCUGGCGCUGGGGGUGGUGGUGCACUUGCACAGCAAGUGUGCGCGGACCCGUUUUCCACGACGCCGCGAUGCAUGAAUUCUCGCUCGCCGCCGACUGAUGUGUGUGCGUGGUCGGGUGCGACGCGCUGGAAAGGCCUUCUCAGCCGUCGCUCGUGCUUCUCUC